UGAGCUACAGGUGAGGUGUUUAUAGGAAGACCUGAACCCACUUAUACGCAGAUUUGUUAGUAAGCACAGAAAAAAGUGGAUGUUUCUUUAACAUUUCGCGGUGCAAUUGAAAUUUGUGUUCACUUUUUAGAUUUCAAUAUCCCUUCAACUCCUACUUUGCAACUGAAAUGAGAAUUAUAGGCUUACUGUUGAUAUGUUGGUCAGUGGCUCUGUGGAGACCGUCAUCCCUAGCAUCUCCUCCUAAGAGUGUGGGUGUCAUUAUAAAGGCUCGAACUGAGACCCUGCUAACCUUGGAGUGGAGUAAAGUGAACAAUUUCAGCUAUAUAUUGAGAGACAGUAAUGGAACAGAAAUUCCACUUACUGUAUCAGCUGAUGGGUCUGUUUUAAGAUGUACAGUCUCUUCUCUGUCUCCUGGGACCAAGUACAGCUUUGUUUUGUAUGCAAUGUUAAAAGGAUUAAAGCACAGCACUUUUAACUUUACUGCUGUUACUAGUCCUUCCAAUGUGGCCAGUGUGUCUGUAAAGGCUCGUUCUGAGACUGCACUAACAUUUGAAUGGAGUAAGGUGAACAACAAUAAUGCAUACAUUUACAUCCUGAGGCAAAGCAACAGAUCUGAGAUGUACACUCCCAUGUAUUGGGGAGAAUCUAUGGCAAGACGUACUGUAUCAUCUCUUCGUCCUGGGACCAAAUAUACCUUCACUCUUUACACUGUAUUUUUUGGCGAGAGGAGUAGUGGCUACAACUUCUCUGCAGCAACCAUGCCUGUCAAUGUGGCAAGAGUUAAUGUAACCCAGCGAUUUACAGAUCAGUUGGAGUUCUCUUGGGAAGAAGUAAAAAGCAGUAAUAUCAGCUACAUCUUGAGAGACAGCAGCAAGGCUGAGACCACAAUUGCUGCAUUGGGGAAAGAUUCUGUAAUCAGGCAUACAGUUUCAGCACUUUCCCCAGGGACUAGAUACCGCUUCACUCUGUAUACUGUAUUUGAAGGAGUAAGGAGUAGAGGCCUGACCUUCACUUCAGUUACAGCAUCUUUGACUGUGACUGGUGUGCAUUGUGAGCAUCUGCCUGGAGGAACUGCUUUAGUUUUAGUUUGGGAUGCUCCAUCUGGCCAAUGGACAGGAGUAGAAGUGCAGAUGAAGGGACGAAACCCUCAGUACUUAAAUGGAACAAGGCUCGAGUUUCAUGAUCUUCAUCCUGCCCUUUGGUACGAUGUGACGCUGAAAUUAUGUUCAGGAGAUGUAAAGGGUGCUCCAGUUUCAAUCCGCUGUCAAACUGAUCCAAGAGGUGUGAUCGCAGGAGUCAUAUUGGUUCUGCUGUUCAUCAUCUUCCUAGUUUGUCUUGGAGUUGUGACUCAUAGGCGGUCUGUCCUCAAGAGAAAAGCUCAAUCAGACUUCAACACCAAUCAAGCAUCAAGUCAAGAAGCAGAGGAGGGUGCACAUAAUGCUCCUGUUCUGGCAAAACAGCAGUCAUCUGAUGGCAAGAAGCACUGUGGCCAGAGAAUGAAUAAGAAGAAAAGGGUUAAACCCAUUCAGCAAAACCCUUACAUCAACCCUUAUAUGUAGAGCUCUGCUACCUGCCACAGGUACAGAAAGUAGCAAUAUGUUUGUGCAAAUGAGAGAAACUGAAUACUUGCACAUGCUCCUUUUUUAUAGGCAUAGAGAUUACUUCAGUGUGAAUUUCUAGUUCAUGUGUUUAUAGAAAGCAAUUUCUUAAAAAAAAAAAAAAAAAAAAAAAAGUUUUAAUACUUUGAUCAUUAUGGACCUUCCAAAAAAUUUUAUAUUGCAAAUAAGAUGGCUACCUUUUUAAACAGUCAUGUAAAGAAUAAGCUCAUGUAACCUAAUUAACUUAUGUAUUUUUGGCAAUUGUAUUUAUGAAAAUGUUUAUGCAUUACUUUGGAUUGAGUUGCAGUAUUCUCUAAAACGAAUGGAACUAAGUGAAUUGCUUUUGUCUUGUUUUUAACAUGGACAAUAAAUGACACUGAGUGUUGACUGUGUAAAACAAA